AUGUUCAUCCUUGAAUUGUCCGCUUCAUUUAUUCUCAAGUCUAUUGCAGUGGGCUUGAUUCAGUAUUCAAUACUCAGAGCAAUCUACAAUAUUUUCUUCCAUCCCCUCAAGAACUACCCCGGCCCGCCAAUUUUGGCUGCAAGCCGGCUCCUAAUCACCUAUGCGAACAUAACGGGCCAGUCUUCUCUGUGUGCAUUACAACUCCAUGAGGAAUACGGCCCCGUAGUACGUAUGGCUCCAAACGAGCUAAGUUACUCGGAUUCCAGCUCUUGGAGAGAUAUCUACGCAAGCAACCCAACACGCCCUGCCGGUAUGGCGCGAGACCCAGCUUUCUACAAUACUUUCGACGAGAACCACGCUGCCCCUUCACUUGCCAACGCUAACAACAUGGACCAUUCGAGAAUUCGUCGCAUCUACGCAAACGCAUUCUCCAAACGAAACGGGCUCUUGCUGCACAAGAGCCUAUCAUCGCCGACCAUAUAA